AUGCGAUGUGACACCUUGUUACUUUCUGAAAGGAGACUGUGGUGUGUGCAGGUGAAGGUGCUCAGGCCUGAGUCCUACUGGUUCAACGAGGUCGGCAAGGUGGUGUCAGUAGACCAGAGCGGCAUCCGCUACCCGGUAGUUGUGCGUUUCCCCACUGUGAACUACGCCGGAGUGAGCACCAACAACUACUCCCUAGAGGAGGUCCAGGAGGUCUGA